AUGUCUUCUGGGAUUCUGAAAGUUAAAGGCAGCAAAAUCGUCGAUGGUGACGGCAAAGAGGUCCUCCUUCGGGGUGCAGCCAUCGGAGGAUGGAUGAAUAUGGAGAACUUUAUUACAGGAUACCCAGGUCAUGAAUCGCAACACCGUGCUGCAAUGAAGAAAGUUUUGGGGCCAGAGAAAUACGAGUUCUUCUUUGACAGAUGGCUAGAAUGUUUCUUCACAGAGGCGGAUGCCAAGUUCUUUGCCGGACUGGGAUUGAAUUGUAUUCGAAUCCCUUUCAACUAUCGCCAUCUAGAGGAUGAUAUGAAUCCACGCGUGCUCAAAGAGUCCGGGUUCAAACAUUUAGAUCGAGUGGUAGACUUGUGCGCAAAGCAGAAUAUCUACACUAUACUGGACAUGCACACGGCUCCUGGCGGUCAAAAUGGUGACUGGCAUUCAGAUAACUUUACCAGUUACGCUGCAUUUUGGGACUACAAGGACCACCAGGACAGAACAGUAUGGCUAUGGGAACAGAUUGCGACUAGAUACAGGUCUAACCCAUGGGUCGCUGGGUAUAAUCCUCUCAACGAACCGUGUGACCCCGAACAUGUUAGACUCCCUGCGUUUUAUGAGCGGGUGGAGAAGGCUAUCCGUGCCGUUGACCCAGACCAUAUCCUGUGGCUAGAUGGCAAUACGUUUGCCAUGGAGUGGAAAGGCUUUGAUAAGGUCCUUCCGAACUGUGUUUACUCCAUCCAUGACUACGCUUCAAUGGGUUUCCCAACAGGCGAACGCUACAAGGGCACAACCGAGCAAAAAGCUCAUCUCGAACGCACCUAUCUCCGCAAAGUCCAACAUCUGAACGAGAAAGGCUCAGCAAUCUGGAAUGGCGAAUUCGGCCCCGUCUAUGCGGACCCCCACGCCGAUCCAGAAGCCUCAAUCAUCAACCAAGAACGCUACAAUCUUCUCGGCGAGCAGCUCCGCAUCUAUGACAAAUACAACAUCCACUGGUCCAUCUGGCUAUACAAAGACAUUGGGCUCCAAGGCAUGAUCUACACGAGCCCAGAUAGCAAAUGGAACAAGACCAUCCAGCCCUUCCUAGAGAAGAAGAAUAAUUUCUGGCUGGAUUGCUGGGGAAGACGGCCGAGCGCUGAGCCUGAAGCGGCGCUGAAACCGCUUGUUGAAUGGAUUGACAAGGUCAGUCCUCAGGCGAAAGAGACAUAUCCUACGCCAUGGAAUACGGAGAGGCAUUUAUUGCGGAAUGUGUUCCAGACGUUUUUGGCGGCUUCUUUUGCGGAUGAGUUUGCGGAGUUGUUCCGGGGCAUGAAUGAGGCGGAAUUGGAUUCUUUGGCGCGGAGCUUCCAUUUCGAGGAGUGUGUGCAGCGGGAUGGACUGAAUGAGAUCCUGAGAGAACAUGCUCAUGCUCGCGAGGCUUAG